AUGGCGCUGGUGAGGCGGUGCCUCUGUGGAUCCGAGGAAGACUUCAGAGCGCUUUUAGGCAUGGAAAAUCUCAGGCUGUUCUCCUACGGGGAGAUCAGAGCAGCUACAAACAACUUCGAUCAGAGUAACAAGCUUGGCCGAGGUGGUUUUGGAACUGUGUACAAGGGGGUUUUGAGAGACGGCACUGAAUUUGCCGCGAAGGUUUUGUCCUCGGAAUCCGAGCAGGGGAUCAAGGAAUUCCUCGCUGAAAUCGAGAGCAUCUCUGAAGUGAAGCACGCGAACCUCGUCAGGCUGCUGGGCUGCUGCGUGCAGAGGAAGAACAGGAUCCUGGUGUACGAACACCUUGCGAACAACAGCCUCGAUCAUGCACUCAAAGGUUCAGGGAACGGAGCCGCAGCAAAUCUGCCCUGGAGCAGGAGGUCGGACAUCUGCGUGGGCACCGCCAAGGGACUGAGCUACCUGCACGAGGAGCACGAGCCCAACAUCGUGCACAGAGACAUCAAAGCCAGCAAUGUUCUUCUCGACCGAGACUACAUGCCUAAGAUCGGAGAUUUCGGGCUCGCAAAGCUGUUCCCAGACAACGUCACCCACAUCAGCACAAGAGUGGUCGGAACCAAUGGAUACUUGGCACCUGAAUAUUUCGUGCAUGGGCAGCUGACCAAGAAAGCCGACGUCUACAGCUUCGGAGUGCUUGUCCUUGAGAUCGUCAGCGGGAGGAGGAUCUCGCAAACGAUCCAGUCGGACAUGUUCCUGGUGCGAGAGGCAUGGGAGUUAUACCAGCAAGGCAGGCUGCUAGACAUUGUGGACGCGAGCAUGGGGAGCUACCCGGAGAAGGAGGUGCUCCGGUACAUCAAGGUGGGGCUGGCGUGCACGCAGGCGACGCCCAGCAGCCGCCCCACCAUGCGCCAGGUGCUGGACUUGCUGUCGCGUCCCGUCGCGCUGCCCGAGACGGAGAUGUGUCCGCCGAGCUUCGCCGAGCACCGCGGCCACCACACGGCCCCGGGAGGUCUGCCCGCCGGUCCGCUAGUUCGUGCGUCGCCGAGGGCGAGGUGGCCGCCGCCGGCGGCGGCAGCAGCAGCAGCGCCCAAGUGCUCUGCGUCGUUCACGUACAGCGAGGUGGCUCCGCGGUAG